AUGAAGAUGAGUAAUUCUGAAACUGAGUUUGACUAUCAGUCAGUUCUGGAAACUUGCGAAUUACAGGGUCAAAGUGUUAAGAAGGCUCUAGAUGAAAAGAACCAGUCAGAUUCAUCAUACAAGAAUGAACUUGUUAAUUUGAAGACACUUAAAAGGGAGUGGAAAGAGAAGAAUGAGACUAUGUUUGAAAUUUCUCUAAUGCUUAAGCGAAAUUUGCAAAAACUGGAGAACACGAUGAACAGGCAAUCCAUCGUGAAUAAGGAAAUAACUUCCGUACAGCUUAAAACUACUAGUUUGAAUUCGGAUUUGAAGAAACAAUCAGACGAUUCCAUGAGAAAGACUGCAGAAAUGGAUCAAAACUUGCAGAAACUACAUACCCACUUUGACGAAAGAACUCUAGAAGCAGAAAUAACCAAUGUAACCACAGAUUUACUUUCUUCUCAAGAUAUUGAAAUCCAUCUUCAAAACGAAUUUCAAAAAUUGCUCAACACUCAUCAGUUUGAAUUCAAAAAUACCUACGCCAGAUGCAUGAUCUUGAAAAUGCUGAAGAAAAAACUAGGAGAAAACUUAGGAGUGACAGUUCUGAAAAAGAAAAUUGCUGAGAAGAGAAAGAAUAUUCAGUUUUUAACUAAUCAGAUAGAGAAGAUGUCUGUCAAACUCUAA